AUGAGCGACAAUCAGUCCAACUCGGCCCUACAGCCUCGCGUCUUGGUUGACUGCCCGGAUGGGUAUGUCAUGUGCACAGGAGACAAACCUGAGGUCUUCGAAGCUGUGGCAGCAAGAGAACUCGGACCUGGAGACUGGAAUGCCUCUUUUCCGUACAAGAUUUACAAACGUGAACCCGAAUCUCACACCACCGAAGCUGAGUCAAGCAUGAAUUCCCUCGUCUCUCAGCUCGAUCACGUUGUUCAGAAGAUGGAGACCCUUCAGAAAGAAAAGGAAGAGAUCAUGGACAAGAUUCGCGCCCGAGGUGGAAAGAUUCGGAUACCCAAGAACUAG